UCUAUUAUACAACAAUCGUGCGCAUUUUGUCGGCGGAAGCGGUUUCAAUUUGAAAGAAAAAUAUUGAAGUUACUAUUUGUAUUACUAUUCUGUUGUGUGCAGUGGAAUAAACCGUGAAGAUGAGCAUUUUCACUGGAGUUGAAGUUGGACCUCCGAUCGAGGUGUUUGCCCUGAACCAGGCCUGCCUGAAGGAUCCAAACCCGAACAAGGUCAACCUGGGAGUCGGAGCCUACCGUACCGACGAGGGCAAACCAUGGAUCCUGCCGGUGGUGAAGAAGGCCGAAGCAGCCAUCGUGGCCGACGGUAGCCUGAAUCACGAGUACCUCCCGGUUCUGGGAAUGGACACCAUGACCAAUGCGGCCACCACGCUGCUCCUGGGUGACGACUCGGAAGCCAUCAAGAGCAAGCGAGCCUUCGGCAUUCAGUGCCUGUCCGGAACCGGAGCUCUGCGGGUGGGUGCUGAGUUCCUCGCCCGUAUCCUCCAGCGAACCACGUUCUACUACUCGUCACCGACGUGGGAAAAUCACCACAAGGUGUUUGUGAACUCCGGUUUCACCGAACCACGUACCUACCGCUAUUGGCACCAGGAACGCCGCGGUAUCGACUUUGAGGGUAUGAUUGAAGAUCUGAAGAAUGCGCCGGAGGGAGCGGUCAUCAUUCUGCACGCCUGUGCCCAUAAUCCUACCGGAAACGACCCGACGCAGGAACAGUGGAAGGAGAUCGCCGACGUUUGCGAGGAGAAGAAGCUGUUCCCGUUCUUCGAUUCCGCCUAUCAGGGAUUCGCCAGUGGCGAUCCCAACAAGGAUGCCUUCGCCGUCCGGUACUUUGUGGAGCGUGGCUUUGAGCUGCUCUGCGCGCAGAGCUUCGCCAAGAACUUUGGAUUGUACAAUGAACGUAUCGGCAACCUAACGGUCGUCCAGAAGGACGCUUCCACCAAGGCGGCCGUAGCCUCGCAGAUCACGCUGCUGGUCCGAGGAAUGUACUCGAACCCACCGGCCUUCGGUAGUCGCAUCGUUGGCAUGGUGCUGAACGAUAAAGCUCUGCGGGCCGAGUGGAUGGAAUGCAUCAAGACGAUGAGUUCCCGUAUCAUCACCAUGCGCAAGGCUUUGUACGAUGAACUGAUCGCACUGAAGACGCCAGGAACGUGGGAACACAUCACCCAGCAGAUUGGCAUGUUCUCCUACACCGGGUUGAAUGAGAAACAAGUGGAUAUUCUGAUCAAUGAGUUCAGCAUCUACCUGUUGAAGACCGGUCGCAUCAGCAUGUGCGGUUUGAACGCGAACAACGUCAAUUACGUGGCAAAGGCUAUCCACGAGGCAGUUACUCGCGCUUCCUCCAAAAUUUAGCUUCGGAAAACUAAAAAAAAAAAGCCGUUGUUCCUAGAACAGUUUAUUAUUUUAUGUGAUUAUGUGAGUCCUUAAAAAUUAUCCUGCUAUGCAGGCAGCAAUUAUUCGCAGGUGAAUCAAAAAAGUUCGAUCAUUUAUCUGUUCUUGGUUUGGAAUCGUAUAAUACCGCCCUACAAUCUUAAAUUGUGCAAGCAACUACUCAGCAAGUCCUCCACUGAAACCGAGGUAGUAAAUACAACCGACUCAAGCAAAGCAUGUACAAAUUUUUCCAACAUAAAUCCAACACAAGAACCAAGCGAAGUUUAGCGACACUUUUUGUAAUCGACAUAUUUUAUACUCCAUUAGAGGCACGACAGAACAAUAAUAACAAACAACAACGAUUCGUAUUCCAAGCAACAAAGCAUUUAGAUAACGCAAUUAUAGUGGCUACUAAUGAAAACAG